AUAGUCUCUUUCGAUCACUCAGAAAAAGCCAUGCCCCUAUCCCCUGUCACGGAAGACCCUGAUGUCCACGACCCGGACCCAUCCAUGCCCCUAUCCCCUAUCGUGGUCCGCCUGAAGCGGCACCGUUCGUCCUUGUUCGAAGACCCUAGCCACGACCAGAACCUAACCCCUGUCACGGAAGACUCUGAUGUUGCGAAGCGGCCCCGUUCGUCCUUGCCCUCUGAACACCCUGAUAUCCAGGGCGGCAAGCACCCGGACCCGGCGAAGCCCUUAAAACCAGUAAGCCGUACGCUGAAGGAGAUUAUGGAUGAGGCCGGCCCGCUCAUCUCUAAAGAGCUACAGCUCGAGUAUGCUAAGAUUUUUGCUAAGUCGAAGGAGGCCGAACCUAUUACCAAUCGCGUGACAGGGUCUGGUGGACCCAUUAACGUAGUAGAGAGUUAUGAGGCCAAACCUAUUACCAAUCGCGUGAUGGCCUCCUUCCCGGAGCCUCUUUUGGGUGGACGCAUUAACGUAGUACAGAGUUAUGGUCCUGAUACACUAGCUGAAGCCGCAGCUGCUGGUGCUAGCAAGAGGACACUCCGUGAUACACCUCUUUUUGGUGGAUGCAUUAACGUAGUACAGAGUUAUGGUCCUGAUACAGUAGCUGAAACCGAAGCUGCUCGUGCUAGCAAGAAGACACUCCCUGAUACACCUUUUUGGAAUACUAUUGAUUCUCUGAGACGUAGAAGUGCAGAAAACCCAAAGUAUUGUGGAAAAGAAGCAUGGAAAGAAUUCAUCGAACGUCAAAGGAGUACAUGGGGGCCGUGUCAGAUUUGUUUGAAGGCUGAUGACCAUAUGAGUUUGCACUGCCCAUAUCUCGACUAUGUCCCGGAAGGCGCAUCUGUUGGCCCUGGCGUUGAACUAGUUUGUAGGGGUUGUGGACUUAAGGACAAGCACCCUGGUAUGAAUUGGUCUAAACGUGCUAUUCUCAAGUCGUGUUUCAUUUGUGCAUCAGACCACUGGGGUACCGAUUGCCCGCAUGCUAAACAGCAUAAAACGGUUCCAUAUAAUCCCUUUCCCUUCAGCGACCGCUAAGACAGGUGUUGCUAGGGAUUUGGUUAU